ACCCAUCCUUGGGCAAGGACCCAGAGACCUCUGGUGCUGAGCCCAGAGGCUGAAGUGCUACAGAAGAACUAGAGAAGGACGGAGCAAAGCCAUGAUAUUUCCAUGGAAAUGUCAGAGUGCUCAGAGGGGCUUAUGGAAUGUUUUUGAGCUGUGGGCCUGCAUUGUGCUCUGUUGUGAUUUCUUUGCACAUCAUGGAACCGAUUGCUGGACUUACCAUUAUUCUAAGAGACCCAUGACCUGGGAGAAGGCUAGAAUGUUCUGCAGAAAAAAUUACACGGAUUUAGUUGCCAUACAAAACAAGGGGGAGAUUGAGUACCUGAACAAGACGCUUCCCUUCAGUCCUAAAUACUACUGGAUAGGAAUCCGGAAGGUAGGAGGGGCAUGGACUUGGGUAGGGACCAACAAAUCUCUCACCGAAGAAGCGGAGAACUGGGGCGACGGGGAGCCCAACAACAAGAAGAGUAAAGAAGACUGUGUGGAGAUCUACAUCAAGAGGGAAAAGGACGCAGGGAAAUGGAAUGACGACGCCUGCCACAAAGCAAAGACAGCCCUCUGCUACACAGCUUCUUGUCAACCCUGGUCAUGCAGCGGCCAUGGACAAUGUAUGGAAAUCAUCAAUAAUUACACCUGCAACUGUGAUUUGGGGUACUACGGGCCCCAGUGUCAGUUCGUGACUCAGUGUGAGCCUUUGGAGGCCCCAGAGCUGGGUAUCAUGGCCUGUAUUCACCCUUUGGGAAACUUCAGCUUCACAUCACAGUGUGCCUUCAACUGCUUUGAGGGAACAGACAUAGUUGGGAUUGAAGAAACCACUUGUGGACCAUUUGGAAACUGGUCAUCUCCAAAGCCAACAUGUCGAGUGAUUCAGUGUGAGCCUCUAACAGCACCCGAUUUUGGAACCAUGGACUGUAGUCACCCCCUGGUCGACUUCGGCUUUACCUCCAUGUGUACCUUCAGCUGCUCGGAAGGAGCUGAGUUAAUUGGGGAAAAGAAAACUAUUUGUGGAUCAUCUGGAAAUUGGUCCAGCCCUAGUCCAAUAUGUCAAAAAGUGGACAGGAAUUUCUCAAUAAUCAAGGAGAGUGACUAUAACCCACUCUUCAUUCCGGUGGCAGUCAUGGUUACCACAUUCUCUGGGUUGGCAUUUAUCAUUUGGCUGGCAAGGAGAUUAAAAAAAGGCAAAAAGUCUCGGAGAAGCAUGGAUGAGCCGUAUUAAACGACCUGCUGUGAAAGAAAAUUCUUGGGAAACUGAAGUGUCCCUGGGUCCUUCGAAUCCCCCUCCACGCAAAGUUUUGCCUGGUGGCAUCUUCUACACUGAAGAUGAAGUGUGUCUAUUUCAGUGCAUCUGAAAAGUUUUCAACACGACCAGCUGCUCCUUCUGUUUCCAUUUUGCCCCAUCACCUCUACCCCCACAAGUUUCCCCCCAAAGUGCGCAGUUGUGGGUUUGAUAGCUCAGUAUUUUAUUCUUUUUUCCAUGGACAAACAAGACCAUGGGGAAAGGAUUACUGUGGAACAUAAAUAUGCCAAUUUCACUCUCUUUCUCGA